CGCGGAAGUCGCUGCGACUCCCCACGAUAAUGCGCAAGCUGUAAAGUGCAUGGACGACGUACCCACCACAUUCCGCCCCUCCGUCUCCACCCACCAGCCUCCGCUGCCGCCUUUGUUCCCUGCGGCACUUGCUGGUCCCUCCGCCCCUUCAAUGGCUUCCGCGGGAGCCUCGCGCAUCUCCAGCAUGUCGAACAAUACCUAUGUCAUGAGCGGCUCGCCGACCAAGAACAGCAGGCGCAGAACUGCCGAGCCUUACAUGCCCAAGAUAAUCACAACUGUAGGGCAGCGUCCGGCAUGUUUGGUGAAUGCCUCGGUGACGUAUGUUGGAAAUGAUCUGAUCUACGCGUUUGGGGGGUUCGACCAGUACACCGAUGAAGUCUACAACCACGUCCUGAAGCUUAAUCUGGCUGCGCGACAAUGGAGCCUCGUGGAUAACUACGGCGACAUCCCGGGUGUGAGAAUGGGCCACACCUCGUGCUUAUGGCAAGGAGACAAGCUGUUGGUGUAUGGCGGCGAGAACGAACACAGACAGCAUCUGUCCGACGUCGUGAUCUUUGAUAUCAAGACUGCGCACUGGACACAGCCUGAGAUCAAUGGACCCAUACCUCGAGGAAGAGCGAGGCACUCUGCAGUCAUUCAGGAUGACAAACUCUUCAUAUGUGGAGGCAUGAGUGGAAGCGACAAUGGAGUGCUGGACGAUAUAUGCUAUCUUGACCUCAAGACCUGGACUUGGAGCCGAACAUGGCGAUUUGUGCCUAGAUUUGAUCACUCGAGUUGGGUCUGGGGCGGAAAGAUCUGGGUGAGCGGUGGAAUGGGCGAAGAAAUGGAGCGCACAAGUGAGAUCUGGUGGCUUGACUUUCGGGGCUCUCCAGCUUUCGAAGGAGGUCCGAGCUAUGGGACCGGCUCAGAGAGUGGCAGGCCUAUGGAGCGAUAUUCGAGCUACACGUAUGGUGGAACUCCUACACCCGCCCCAGCAAUGACAAGCUAUGCUGCAAAUACUGGCGUGCAGUCGAACUCGGCGACUCAAAUCCAGCGCGCACCUCCCGUCGCUCCAGGAGCUAUCAGCAGUGUCAAGUUCAUCUCUUCCCCGAACUUACCUAUGCAGAACGUCGGCACUCAUUUUCAUGUCUUCAGCUCUGGCUGUAUGCUGGACUUUGUGACACCAGCGACCAAUAUGCCACUCGAGACGUCUCUCUCUGCAUUAGAUCUCGACACGUUGCGAUGGCAGAAAUUAGCCGAUGGCAAGGACCUGUUCAGCCCUCUCUACCGAUGGCAUUAUUGCUGUCUUGAUCCAGACGGCACUCAUGCUUGGCUGCUCGGAUGCCCAAGAGAAGUGCGCAAUGGCGGCAAUGGUGGCGACUCUGAAGAAUAUCUCUCGGAUGUGCUUCCAAUUGACUUGCGCAAAUUCGGUCUGCUCGGAAACAAAUUGAGUCAAGAAGCUCGCCUUGAGCAAAAGAUCCCAACAUCCGACACCAAUGCCUCAUCUCACCUUUCUGCUAUUGGAGCCGACUUGGCGCGUACGUUCAAUCAGCCACCUGAAAGUGGAUCUGGAACCGACUUUACUAUCACGGCUCUACGGGAUGACACAUACGACAUCGAUGGCAUGUCCGAUGACGGCACCAUGUCUGGCAGUGUGGCAGAUUCUGCAGAGGCAAGCAACAAUACAUCACCGCCAAUUCAUGUCCAUCGACUCAUCCUCAGCGCUCGCUGGCCGCAUUUCGCACGACUGUACAAUGCUCAGAUGUCUGAGUUUCACACACGACGGAUGCAUAUACCCGAGCCGUAUCCCGCGGUCAAGGCCUUCCUCUACUACCUCUACACAGAUUCAAUCUCGAGCCCACCUGCAGAAAGUAAUGCUGUAGGUGGCCCGACUCUCGAAGACGUUGCGAACAUGCUCGUGAUGAGCAAUAUUUACGACAUGCCGCGACUUCGACAUCUAUGCGUCAACCGUCUCGUACGAGACUUGGACGUGCAACAUGGCGCACUGAUAUUCGAUAGAGCGAACACUGCGCAAGAAGAUUGGCUCAAGCGAAGAGCAGCGAGCUUCUGCAUGACACACUGGGGCCGAAUCGUGCGGACUGAUGGAUUCAGACGGCUGAAGCGUGCAGCGAUGCUAGAGCUUUGCGAAGGCGUUGAUGCUGAAGGUCGCGUUGUUGGAGGCGACGAGUUGGAAGCUGUCGGAGGUCUUGGAGGCGCUCGGCUGGGCAGUGGAAUGCUGUGGGGUAAUGGUCGCAAACGAGGUCGUUUAGGGAGCACAAGUGGCACUACGGCGGACGGCGAGGAGGAAGGUGACGGUGACGAUGAAGGCAUGGAAAUGAGCUAAUGGAAGGAAGGUUUUCAUCGACGACAAUUUCGAGCGUGGCAGCACGGCGUUUGUUCAAUGAGUUAUGAUAAAGCAUACUGGGCGUUGGAGGAGGAUUCGAGAUAUCCGUGGAGGCACAUUCCUUCGCUAUAUGGCCGGUGAAGUGUAGAUAGCUGUUCAAGCAAUGUUUCUAAGUCUGG